GUACGCCGUAAGAAACUGCAGCGCUGCUUGCGUGCUGCUCGUGAGAUCUCAUUUUUCACUGCAGGAGAUGAGUUCCGUCCGAUGGCUGCUGCAGGAAAGGCCACUGCUUUCCAUUUGCCUCCUCUGCCAACGGUGGGGGAGAUCAUUAAGCUUUUUCGUCUUCGAGCACAGAAAGAACUAUCCCAGAAUUUUUUGCUGGACUUGCGAUUGACAGACAAGAUAGUGAGACAAGCUGGCAAGCUGAAAAAUGCUCAUGUAUGCGAAGUGGGCCCUGGGCCAGGAGGAAUUACCAGGUCUAUUCUCAAUGCUGGUGUUGAACAACUCCUAUUGGUUGAAAAAGAUACUCGAUUUAUUCCAGGAUUGCAGAUGCUGUCUGAAGCAGCUCCAGGAAAAGUGCGCAUUGUUCAUGGAGAUAUUCUGACGUAUAAGAUGGAGAAGGCUUUUCCAAAUCACUUAAAGAGGAACUGGGAGGAUGAGCCACCAAAUAUUCAUAUCAUUGGAAAUCUACCCUUCAGUGUUUCAACUCCUCUAAUCAUCAAAUGGCUUGAAAAUGUUUCCAAAAGAGAUGGACCUUUUAUUUAUGGAAGGACACAGAUGACACUGACUUUUCAGAAGGAAGUGGCAGAGAGGCUCACAGCUAAUACAGGAGGCAAGCAACGUAGCAGACUGUCCAUCAUGUCUCAGCAUCUCUGUACUGUUGAGAACUGUUUUGUAAUUCCAGGCCAAGCCUUUGUUCCAAAGCCAGAUGUGGAUGUGGCGGUAGUGCAUUUCACGCCAUUGGUGCAACCAAAGAUACAGCAGCCGUUUGAGCUAGUAGAAAAAGUAGUUCAAAGUGUUUUCCAAUUUAGAAGAAAAUACUGCUGCCGCGGAGUUGAGAUCUUGUUUCCUGAAAGUGAACGUUUGAAAAAAACAGAACAGUUGAUGAUGGCAGCGGAUGUUGACCCAACUCUGCGUCCUUUUCAGCUCACUAUGUCGCACUUUAGAAAUCUGUGCAACACAUACAGGAAAAUGUGUGAUGAAGACCCAAGCCUUUUUGCAUACAAUUACAGAGAAGAGCUACGGCAAAAGAAGAGGAAGCAUUCCCCUGAAAGUAGUGAACAGCUAGAACAAACUGAAGAGGAAAAUGAGCUGUAAUUGCAGUGGACUGAAUUGGGAUUUAACUUGUUGACCUAGAGGUGUUGAUUUAUGUAUUCUUACAUCUGUUCAGGUAUGGAAGAAAUAACUUCAGAAAAAGUGGGGAAGGGGACUUUCCUAUUUUAUUUGCUCUGUUCAGCUGUAGACAAAAGUUAUAGGACAGUCCACUUACAAUGUGCCUACCAGUUCUUCUCACUUCAGGGGACAGAACACGCACCCAGCACAAGGUAUGUUGUGAGAUACAUAAUUAAGUUGGAAUAAUUUUGAAAUGAUACAUUUUGUAUGAAUGUGAGUGUAUUACUGCAACAUAAGAAACGCUUUUCAUACUCGUAGCAUGUAAGAUGUUGUCUGGGGUUUUAUGCUCUUUUUAUCUGGGAAAAUCCUCUGUGCAGAGUAAUUUAAAAAACAAAAGCCUUGUAUAAAUAUACUCAAGUGACUGGCUUAUGGGAGGAUAAAGUGCACAGACUGCCUCAAGGUCAGCUAAUACUCUUUCUCAUAUACAACAAAAGCAAAGAACUUGGGAGUUUAAGAGAAAAGCAGCAUGAUAAAAAGUAGAAAACAUGGCUAAGUACAAUACUUGUCUUUUACUGUACAGGCUGGUAGAGAAAAUAAAAAAUACAGUCAAAUAAAA